UCCACUAUGCAUGUUAAGUAAGACUCACAAAACCCACCUUCCAUGCUUGAGUGUUGCCCAGUAGUUCCUUUUAUUGUGUUCUGGUAACUAUGAAGUGCCACGUAAGGACACCGUGUGUCUUUAAACACACCCUUUGGGUUGGAAGAUUUCAGCCUCUGAAAGAGUUUCACGUAUUGCACUCCAGCCUAAGAAGAGGAAGUCCUGCCAGCCCUCAGGUCAGACCUCUCAGGUCUGCGGCUGCAUUUCACAGGAAACCAAGCCUAAAACGGACAUAUCAGGAGGUUUUCUGCUGAAGGGUACUGCUUAGCAUUGAGAAGAAUUCAACCCACCGCCUUACUGAUUUCCAGCACCCCAAGGUCUCCGCGCUACCGCCCCUCCUCACAGGGGACGGACACCUCAGCCCAGAUCUCUUGGUGCUCUCCACGCUGUUCAGGCUGAAUUGAAGAUCCCUCUUAUCUGCCGGGUGCCAAGAACUAUGAACAGGCAGGGCAAUAGAAGGACAACUAAAGAAGGAACCAACGAUUUGAAAUUCCAGAACUUCAGUCUGCCAAAAAACAGGUCAUGGCCUCACUGCAAUAGUGCAACAGGCCAGUACCAGAGGAUUAACAAGCCUCUCCUAGACUGGGAAAGAAACUUUGCUGCAGUCCUGGAUGGAGCAAAAGGCCACAAAGAUGAUGACUAUGAUGACCCUGAGCUUCGGAUGGAAGAGACGCGGCAGUCAAUUAAAAUUUUACCAGCCCGGCCUAUAAAGGAAUCUGAAUAUGCAGAUACACGCUAUUUGAAGGUUGCAAUGGACACUCCCCUUCCGUUAGACACCAGGACCUCUAUCCCUAUUGGACAGCAGACCUGGAACACACAGACGAGGUUGGAAAGAGUGGACAAGCCCAUUUCCAAGGACAUCAGAAGCCAAAACAUUAAAGAAGACACAUCCAUAAGAAAGAACAAGGUUCCUUUACCACCUCCUCGGCCUCUCAUCACACUUCCGAAGCAGUACCAGCCCUUGCCCCCUGAGCCGGAGAGCAGCAGGCCACCUUUAGCUCAGAGACACACCUUUCCGGAAGUCCAGAGAAUGCCCAGUCAGAUAAGCUUAAGGGACUUAAGUGAGGUCCUUGAAGCAGAAAAAGUCCCUCAUAACCAGAGGAAGCCUGAAUCAACUCAUCUGUUACAAAAUCAAAAUUCUCAAGAGACUCCACUUGCCGUUAGCAGUUCUUCAUUCACGAUGAGCAACCACGGUGUGCAAAACAGAGAUCACAGAGGAGGCAUGCAGCCCUGUUCUCCUCAGAGAUGCCAGCCGCCAGCCAGCUGCAGCCCUCAGGAAAAUAUACCACCCUAUAAAUAUACAAGCUGGAGACCACCUUUCCCCAAAAGGUCUGAUAGAAAGGAUGUGCAGCACAAUGAAUGGUACAUUGGAGAGUACAGCCGCCAGGCAGUCGAAGAGGCAUUCAUGAAGGAGAACAAGGAUGGUACUUUCUUGGUCCGAGAUUGUUCCACAAAAUCCAAGGAAGAGCCCUAUGUUUUGGUUGUGUUUCAUGGGAACAAAGUCUACAAUGUAAAAAUCCGCUUCCUGGAGAGGAAUCAGCAGUUUGCCCUGGGGACAGGACUCAGAGGAGAUGAGAAGUUUGAUUCAGUAGAAGACAUCAUUGAACACUACAAGAAUUUUCCCAUUAUACUAAUUGAUGGGAAAGAUAAAACUGGGGUCCAUAGGAAACAGUGUUACCUCACUCAGCCAUUCCCUCUCAUCAGACACCUCUCACCUCUGUAGCCUGGUCUUUGUGUUAUCUUUGGUUUACUGGAUUCGGCGCUUCCAUCGUUUUCAUUGAUUUCAAAAGAUUAUUGCCUGUGCCUUCAAGGGAUGACUUUUUUGACUUUGUAGAAAAGAAAAACACUCUAUAACAAAGUGGAAAAUCAAUCAUGGUUUUGAAAGUUCAAACCACAGAGAAAAGAUUUAUAACAUGCAAAAAAUAAAAACAUUCUAGUAACUGGCCACUGGACAAUAAAUAAAAAUAAAUAAAAACUAGGGGUUUAAAAGUAUCUUCUAAAUAACAACAGAAAAUGCUAUCAACAUAGCUAUUAUAUUCAUGAUAUAGGCGAGCAGCAAAGGGCACCAGAAGCUAUUGCUUAAAUGUUUGCAGCCAGCGCAGGACAAGUCAAUGGGAAAUUCCCACAUCUGUGCUCUUUACAGGGCACUGUGCUGCCUUUAUGUCAGUCGUUGGGCCUUAUACAUCUACAAUGUGUGGAUGAUUUCUUACACUAAAGAUGUUGGUGAAUAUUAGCUCUCUUUUAUUGUAAUCCUAGAAAUUCAAGUAUAGGGAAGAAAUGUGGUAUGGAAAACCAGCAAUUGUGAAUGUCACCUUGAAGACAGAAACUGAAAAUAUUCUGACCAGGGUGUGAAACAGCCAAGGGACCAGCCUCCAGCAUCCUCUGCUUUGAGUAGCUUUAAGUCAAAUGGAAUUAACACAUUCAUAGUAAAGAGCUCAGAUUAUAUCCUACACUAGCCUUCAGGCAAGCAUAUGUCUGAGGGAAACUAAAAACUGUAUUAACAAUUCCAAUUAUGGACUUCCAUUCAAAGACACAGAAAAACUGUCCUCAAAUUAGUGCUAAUUCUUGCAGUAACAUUGCACAUGCCAUGAUAUUAUUCCCUGUAAAGGUUAAGAGGAUUUAAUUUUGUUACUGUUUUACAAUAAAGAUGAGGAAGCAGAGGCUCAAAGAAGCUGUCGAUCUUAAUAUGAGAAGAGAGCCCAGAUUGUAAUCUGCUUUGCCUGGCUCCAUGCAAGCUCAUCUUCCCAGGUACAUUCUCUGCGCUGUGGCAUUUUACAGUCAAGUUGAAAAGCUAAUUAAAAAAAAAAAAAGAGAGAGAGACAGAAAGAUAGAAACAAUUAGAAAAUACAGAUUUACCACCUUAAAAUAAACAAACUCUUCUAGUGGGAAUAAGCUUUUUAAAAAAAGAUACUGUUGAAAAUAACAGUGUAUCAUGAUGCCAAAUGGUACCAAAGCUUACAUAGGAAAUUCAUAGAGUAUGUAAUUGUAGCAUUGAUGCAGAAAGAAAACCAAAAAUAAUUAAAAGGCAAUAGAAGCAAAUGAAAACAAAACAAUGCACAGGAUUCUCUCUUUUGUAAGACAGCAGACAAUGAGCUCUCUGGGAAAAGUUCUUAGCGUCUACCCAUCAUCCAAAUACCCGCUCAGAUGUUCUCCUUUCACAAGGUCAAUGUGAAGUGAUGCCUAUAAGUUACAUUAGGAGCAUUUAAUGAAGAAACUCUUUGUAAAACUGGAACUUUUGAGACCCAACUGAGCCUAUCGUAGAGUAUGCCUGCAGAGGAUUACAUAGAACCAAGAGACAAGAGUGUUUAAAUUGGAGCUUGGAUAUGAAAGAACUCACUGAUCCGGUCAGAGCUAAAAGCUGUAUGGUUGCUGGUCAUUCUCUACUGGAAUUCAACAAGCCGGGGACAGUAUGGAAACAAGGACUUUACAGAAGGGCUCCAGGCUCAUAUCAGGAAAGAAUCUGACCCUCACCCUAAAAAGCUACUGGAGAUUACUCAUACCUCCAACUCACUGAUUCAUUGAGGACAUGCUAUUCAAUGCUGUGUUCUCAAGAAAUGUCUAUGAGUCCUCUCAACCAUUGUUGUUGAUAAAAUAGGUGAAUGUCAGGUGGGGGUUAGCAUUUGAUAAGGUGUACAUUUGAAAUAAUGUUUUGUCACCUCUUCUUCAUAAAUACAUGAUAUAAUUCCAAGAAGAAAAAAGAAGUAGAAAUUCAGCAUCCUUAAGAUGACAGCAAGAAUGAGGGGAAAAGGAAGAAAAAAAAGAAAUUAAGCAUUUUGCAAUAAAAAGCUCACAAUAUUUUUAUGUAUUUGAACAUUUCCGUAAAAAAUAUAAAAUGGAAAAUAUUGACAUGGGCUGCUUCGGGUGAUUGGGGUUUGAGGGACUGUGUUAGUCAGGUUUUCUAGAACUCAAGACACCAAGACAAAGUUAGAAGUGCAAACACUGAUUGGAGGUUAAUGUUUGAGAAAGGUAAAAGGGAGAAGAAACAGAAGUAUGGGUAUGGGGUGGGCUUU